AGGACCGGGCCUCCCCCGCGACCAGCGGCCUGGGCAGCAGCGAGCUCGCGUCCUUGGCUGCGCGGUCGGCGCCAUCCUCGGGUCCCCCCGCGCGUCCCUUGGCCCCUUCGUCCCUGAGCUCCGCGCAUCCCCCGCCCCCAUGGAGCAGCUGCUGCGCGCUGAGCUGCGCACCGUGACCCUGCGCGCCUUCGGGAGCCCUGGCGGGGGCUGCAUCAGCGAGGGGCGCGCCUACGACACAGAUGCGGGGCCCGUGUUUGUCAAGGUCAACCGCAGGGCGCAGGCCCGGCAGAUGUUUGAGGGGGAGGUGGCAAGCCUGGAGGCCCUGCGGAGCACCGGCCGGGUGCGGGCUCCUCGGCCCAUCAAGGUCCUCGACCUGCCUGGGGGCGGGGCCGCCUUUGUCCUGGAGUACCUGAAGAUGAGGAGCUUGAGCAGUCAGGCAUCAGAGCUUGGAGACCAGGUGGCAGAUUUGCACCUUUACAACCAGAAGCUCCGGGACAAGUCGAGGGAGGAGGAGAACACAGUGGGCCGGAGGGCUGAGGGUGCCGAGCCGCAGCAUGUGGGCAAGUUCGGCUUCCACACGGUGACGUGCUGCGGCUUCAUCCCGCAGGUGAACGAGUGGCACGAUGACUGGGCGACCUUCUUCACCCGGCACCGGCUCCAGGCGCAGCUGGACCUCAUCGAGAAGGACUAUGCUGACCGGGAGGCGCGAGAACUCUGGUCCCAGCUGCAGGUGAAGAUCCCGGAUCUGUUUUGUGGCUUAGAGAUUGUCCCCGCCCUCCUUCACGGGGAUCUCUGGUCAGGAAAUGUGGCUGAGGAUGACUCCGGGCCCAUUGUUUAUGACCCAGCUUCCUUCUACGGCCAUUCUGAGUUUGAACUGGCAAUUGCCUUGAUGUUCGGUGGCUUUCCCAGGUCCUUCUUCACCGCCUACCACCGGAAGGUCCCCAAGGCUCCUGGGUUUGACCGGAGGCUGCUGCUGUACCAGCUCUUUAACUACCUGAACCAUUGGAACCACUUUGGGUGGGAAUACAGGAGCCCAUCCCUGAGCACCAUGAGGAAGCUUCUCAAGUAGCAGCCGGCCUGUGUCCCUGCCCACCUGUUGGCCUGUUCAGCAAACACCUGGGGGCAGCGACCGCGGGGGCAGCUUCAGGGGCUAACUAAUAAAGCCAGUGGGGGCU